AUGUCCAACAGCAGCCCCAUCAGGCACUUCCUCCUGCUGGCAUUGGCAGACACGCGGCAGCUGCAGCUCCUGCACUUCUGCCUCUUGCUGGGCAUCUCCCUGCCUGCCCUCCUGGGCAACGGCCUCAUCAUCAGCGCCGUAGCCUGCGGCCACCACCUGCACACGCCCAUGUUCUUCUUCCUGCUCAACCUGGCCCUCAGCCACCUGGGCUCCAUCUGCACCACUGUCCCCAAAGCCAUGCACAAUUCCCUCUGGCACACCACCACCAUCUCCUACACAGGAUGUGCUGCACAGCUCUUCUUCUUUUUUUUCUUCAUCUCAGCAGACUAUUUCCUCCUGACCAUCAUGUGCUACGACCGCUACGUGUCCAUCUGCAAACCCCUGCACUACGGGACCCUCCUGGGCAGCAGAGCUUGUGCCCACAUGGCAGCAGCUGCCUGGGCCAGUGCCUUUCUCUAUUCACUGCUGCACACAGCCAAUACAUUUUCCCUGCCCCUGUGCCAUGGCAAUGUCCUGGGCCAGUUCUUCUGUGAAAUCCCACACAUCCUCAAACUCUCCUGCUCCAAAUACUACUUCAGGGAACUUGGGCUAACUGCUUUUAGUGCUUGUUUAGCAUUUGGUUGUUUUGUGUUCAUUGUUUUCUCCUAUGUGCAGAUCUUCAGGGCUGUGCUCAGGAUCCCCUCUGAGCAGGGACAGCACAAAGCCUUUUCCACCUGCCUCCCUCACCUGGCUGUGGUCUCUCUGUUCCUCAGCACUGCAGUGUUUGCCUACCUGAAGCCUCCCUCGAUCUCCUCCCCAUCCCUGGAUCUGGCCCUGUCAGUUCUGUAUGCGGUGGUGGCUCCAGCCCUGAACCCCCUCAUCUACAGCCUGAGGAACCAGGAGCUCAAGGCUGCAGUGAGGAAAUCAUACCUAUUCAGUCUGCAUUAG